GGGCCGAGUUAUAAGCUAGUUAUAUUUAUGGAAAACUUGGUUGUAUUCUAUGGAAACAGAAGUGUUCCGGCCCACAAGAUCAAAGAGCUUCAAGAGUUGGGUACAAGAAAGGCAGUGGGUACCUAGCCCAGUCACAACAUACAUUCCACGCCAGAGCCCAAUGAACCAGAAAAUGUGCCAACGGCGGCAGCAUGACUCUUGAUUCUUCCACCUUCCCACUAGUUCCCAAAGAAAGUCCAAUUGGAGACUCUGAUGAAGAACUUGGCCCAGAUUGAGAAAAGUAUUAGAUAAUCUGGUGAGUUGAUAUCGAUCAAAAUCAAUGUUGUUGAGAAGAUAAUCAUAAAAUGAUGCGUUCAGGGAGAAGUCGCACUCUGUAAUUCAAAGUUCGCGCUCUGACAAAAUAUAAUGCGCGAAUUAUACACAUAAUUUCCGUAAAUUCGUGUUCUGGCUGUUAGAAAGAGGAGCGCCAUCGCAAGAGUUACGAAUUGGGUAACCUUGACUAAUCAUUCUUACAUCAAACAAUUAUACAGUCUCUCAGCCCGAAAAUGGGAACCUAACCAUGAAUGAAUCUGUCUAUCUCUAUCUAUCUAUCUAUCUAUCUAUCUAUCUACUCUACUAUACUUAUAAUACGCCGAAGGAAAAAAUGGGAGCUCCAUUUCAAAUUUCCUGCAACGAGAGUGAAGGUAGGAAGGACAUUUUGGUCUUCACAAUUACUUUUUUUUAUUCAUUAAAAAGACACAUAUUGGGAUUUGAACCAUGACCAUUUUAAAGAAAAGCACGAAUAAUAACCAAUCACACUAAGCACAUUUGUUGUAUCUUUUUAAAUUAAAAAGAUAUAAUAGCAGUGAGGAAAAAACUCUUCCCCCAUUUCAAAUUUCCUGCUCCAUGAGCGUUUGUAGGAAGGGUAGAAUAGGGAGUGUCAAUUUUUUUUCUUUUUCCUCUGUGGAACGGGCCAACUUACCGUACACAUGCGAAUUUAAACGGGUCCAGGAGUGUCAAUUUUUUUUCUUUAAGCCCUUUUAUUUCUCCGUGGUGAUAAAAUAUAUAUGAAAAGGCAAAAAUAAUACUCCUUUUUAUUGUUAAGAAUAAAAAAAUUUAACAAUAAACUAAUGCAUGGUAUCUAAUGGGCUAAAUAUGUGCCACAAUUAUGGUUGUUUCAAAAUAUAUCAAAGUGAAUAUCAUUUUAAAGACCACGAUCAAAGUGAUUUUUCUGUCCAAAUAAAUUUGAAUUCUCACUUAAACCGAAAGGGAUAUAGCCCGUUAAAUUAAAUUGGGGGAAAAGUUGGUUAUCUUCCAUGAAUGGUUGAUGAGGGUUACUGACGCUAAUGCAUAUGUAAGUUAUUGUUACGAUCCGAACCCUCCAAUUAGAGUACAUUUAUGAGGAAGCAUAUUGCACUUCAUCGAGAUCUAAGCAACAACUUCUAUACAUUUUGAAUUUUUUUGCCUUGGUUUAUUUGCUUGAAAUUCUAAUUAGUUAUGUAAUAUUUUCUUUUUGUGUGCAAAAUAGUUGCAUUUAUUUUAGUGUUGAGUUGUAUUUACUUAAAAGUAUAGUUUAGUUGAUCCAACUCAAUCAUAAACAAAAAUUAAGUUUUAAUAUUUUUGGGUGAUUCUAUGAAGCAUAUCAGAAACCUCAUAAAAGAUAGUACAAGUUUAUGAAAGCAGAUCACAAGUUUCUUAAUCCAGAUUAGAAACCUCAUAAACUUUGACCUAUUUGUAAAUUUAAAAAGUUUAGGUAUUAAAAUGUAAGACAUAAAACUUUCAGGUCCUAAAAUUAAAUUCUCCUUCAAUUUUUUACAACUUAUAUUAUAUGCGCGAAAAUUUUGUUUUUUAUACUAAAUUUUUGAAUCCAUUAAAUUUAGGUAUCAAACUGUAAUUUGUAUAUGAAAUCCAAAUCAAUGGAGCGAAGAGAGGGAAAUGUAACUGCUAUAAGUGAGUAAUUACUAUAAUAUUUUGAUGAAUGAUAUUAGCAUGUUGCUAGUAUUACAACCGGUUCCAAGUUUACCUAUUAACUCACUCAACUAUUGACAAUUUUUGAAUCAAAUUAGAACUUAAGCCUGCUAAUCACUGUUAAUAUAGAAAGAGUCUCUGCAGCACUGCUGUUACCAAUACACUAACCGGGAUAGAGAAUUAUUGAGAAUGUGGGACCGGAAAAUGAAUGGAGUUUUUGAACCGAGAGAAAGUUGGUGGUUUGGUGAGCUUGGCAGGGCUCCAUAUGCUUCACGUUCCUUUCUGGCUGAAAUUUGGUAGUUGAAACAAUUAACCUCAUUUCUCUUUUUUUCUUUUCUUUUCUACUACAACUCUAUCUGCGGAUUGUGAAGUGCGAACGCCCAACGAUGCAAAAGUGUCAGCUUUUACAAAAGGAGAAAAGCCAAUUAUCUUUUCAAAACAACUUUUUUUUUUGGUGUGUAAUCAAAUUAAACAAAAUUUCCGCAAGAAAGCAUGGUUUUCUCUCUUUUCUAUGGUGUAUUUCUAUUUUUCUUAUUAUAAAUGAAUGCUGCAUGUUUAGUUUUCAUUCACACGUUAAUAAUAAAAGACAAUAUUUGAAACAAAAAAACUAUGAAAAUCCAAAGAUAAGUCAUGAUCGUGACUCGUGAGGUAAUAUGCCCUAACUACAGAUGUGGGAAAUCGACAUGUUCUAGUUCUGGGUGUAUAACUCUUGGAAAUGAUGUAUGAUUCUUGUAUAGCGGUGAUUCGCGAGAAGAAGCACUGCACAAAUUCAAUUCUAAUACAUGCCAACUGAAGGCAUUCAAUAGCUCCCCUCAAUUUUGCUUGGGGUGAUAGAACAAAAACUCAAGUUCAAAGCAAAUGUUGCAAUGUAGUACCAUGUAUGAUCUCUAAUCAAGCCAAAGCCACCCUCAACAGUAAGGCUUGAUUAUGGAAGGAUAAAGCCGUCUAGAUUGAGGGUAACCCACUCCAAAGAAGGUGACUUCCACGAGAGGAUCCGGAAUACUAGAAACCCAUUCCAAAACUUUAAAAGAGUGAUACUCAAGUGACAACCCCCAAAUAUGAACCAAAAUUGGUAAUGUUUCAACUGGAGACACAACUUGUUAGAUUCCCGACUCCCACUUUCCAAAAAACACUUGAUUACCCUGAAAAUGCCACAACCUUGAUUUGAACACACUUUCUCGUCGGCGCAUGUAAGAGAUUGGUAAACAAACAGCCACGACCCAAAUUUUGAAAUCCUAACUAAUAUGUCCCGUCCCCAAAGGUAUUUUUCAACUAUCGAAGAAGAGCGACCUUCAUAGUAUGACCGAUGAACUACAAUAAGAGGCAUCAUUUCCAUCAAUCAUCGUCACUCUUCUUGACCUCCUGUGGAAGAUGAAACCAGUCAUUGAGCUUCACCGAAGGACGAAAGCCCAUUCGAUUCUUGGGCUCGACCUCAAACAACUUGGCUCAUGAAAUAACCUCCCCAACCAGACCUGAUUCUGAUUGUGAGGUCGCUAUCGUGGCAAAAGGUUCGGUAAGUUUAUCUAGCAAACGAGGAAAGAUGAGAGAAAGGGGUUCAAUGAGAUUUUUUAGACUAUUCCUCUUCAUUGUAGAAAAUUUUGUUAUUUCCUAUGAACAAGAUUCAACUGUCACGUCUUUCUUUCAAUGUUUUAGAAACUGUACAUACAACCCGUCGAACUAGGAAUGCUUGGCACGGGAUCCCAAACCUGGAAGCAAUUUUCACGGUAUGUAAUAAUUAAACCACAGUUAAAUAUUAAUUUUAGUACAACAUAGCCGGUCAUUCACUUUUCCGGUAUAAUCCACAUUAGAGUUUCACAAUCAUUCAUCUCUUUUCAAAUGUACAGGUUGUUUCUUUUUUUUUUUUUUAGGACAAAAUAUAUAGGUUGUUUCUUAAUUUGAAUUGGAUCACACAUAUAGACCAAAGACAUUUUGGGCUAAAAUUUUCGCAAACAUUAGAACACAUUUGGGGAAAAAGAGCCCCUUUAAAUAUUUUGGACUGAGAGCAUAAAAGUAUUAAGUUAAUAAAGAAAAAAAAAACAAUCUCAUUCUGGAUGACAAUGGGAUUAGUUUUGUUUAGGGUCUUAAUUUUGCCACACAAAGUUAUUAAAGAAAGAAUCUGAUUCUGGGUGACAAUGUGGAAUUUAGUUUUAUUUAAGGUCUUGAUUUGUUCCAUCUCGGAGUUGUUUAAUGCACUCAAUUAGUCAAUUGUAUCUCUGAACUGCUGUAGCCCUUCGUUUGGGUAGAAUUAAUGCAAGUUUUAUUUAAAAAAUAGUUUUUGUUUAAUAAUUUCCUUCCUAUAUAUGGCCGGCUCUAGUGUCUGUCUGGGCUGCAGGUCGUCCUUUCUUUCUCGCUCUCGUCUCCAAAACUUCGCUCUCUGCCUUAAGCUAUUUCUCAUUCUCUCUCUGUAAGCCCCGCGCCCUUUCAAUUAUAAUUCCAGUCAAUGUCUACUGCCCUUAAUUUCUCAGCUUAGUUGCAUCUCUGGGUGACUGGAUUCUCUAGUAUGGUUCACUUCUGAUAAUGGGUUCCUGUUUUUUAGCUGAAUUUCAGGGGUUGGAGCUUAUUUAUCAGCUAUAUCGUCGAAAAUGGCUGCAAAACCAGCCAGAAUCCAUGAGUUUGAUGAUGUGGUUAACCACAAAAGCCGGGACGAUUGCUGGCUCCUUAUUCACGGCAAGGUAUAUAAUGUGACAGAAUUCCUGGAAGAACAUCCUGGAGGGGACGAGGUGCUACUUGCAGCAACUGAGAAAGAUGCGACCGACGAUUUCGAAGACGUGGGGCACGGGAAGGAAGCUCGGGAGCUGAUGAUGAAGUACUACAUUGGCGACAUCGAUCCGGCCAGCGUUCCGUCGGGGAGGAAGUACAACCCGCCGGUGCACACGGCCAAGGAUCCACAGUACAACGCCUACUUGAUCAAGCUGCUCCAGCUGGUGCUGCCACUCUUGAUUUUCGGCAUCGCUUUCGCUGCCCGUACUGCUCUGAAGAAGGAGUAGUAAAAGGGAUAGUGUGGUUUUCAGAGGGCCUCUGCUUAUCUUCCAUGGUUGUGUCUGUGGUUGAGUUUCAUGAACAGUGUUAUUUGGGUCGUUUUGAUUUGGCGAUUGGUCUCUUAAUAAUUGCAGUUAGCUUUUCUGUGGUUGGUGACUUGGUGUUGUUAGUUGUAACAAUUUGCCCGGGGUACUAUUUUGGCCUUGUUGUUGAACUUCUCUUUGGCAAGUUUGGCUGGUUGGAUCAUGGAUAGUAAAUUGGCCAGUCGAAGCAAACUACUAAUCAUCUUGCAGACAAAGGUUUAACAGAACGCAUGCAAAUGGAAUAACGACAUAUGCAACGGACCACAUCAAGCCAAUUCGGCAAACAAUAUACUAGGGCUGCACAAGAGGCGAGUCGAUUUUUUUCUUAACUUAAUUCGAUUUGUUUAUACAUUUUUUAGCUCGAACUCAAAUUUUGAUAAUCCAGCUCGAUUUCAACUCGAUUAAAAAUAAUCUAGCUCGAGGGUGACUCGGUAGAGCUUGGUAAAUGCUCAUUAACACAGCUUGUCAACCUGAGUACAAGCUCGGUUCAAGAUGAGUUCAAUUUAAAAUCAUUCUUGCUGAAAAAUAUGUACGCAUAAGAAUUUAAAUGAUAAAAGAACACUAGAAACUAAAAAUAACAUCUAACUUCCAUACACAUCCGUAUCAACAACAUAAUGUUCGUGUUCAGAAGAGUGAUUAAUCCUUCCACAAACUCUAAAGAAGCCAGCUUGCGAGUUUAUCUCCCGAAAUCUGUGAUGGUGGUACCCCUUUGGAAUCUGCCAAAAAUUGACACGGAAUAAAUCCACCCAAAUCGGUGCUUAAAAGGCUUAAUCAUUGUUGACGAAUAGUCUCAGGCUGAAUCUGUGAUCUGUAACCUUCAAAAUGAAUGUAAAAUGGCCUUACGAAAAAAAUCGCCAAAAAAUUACGAUAAUACUAUCCGAAAACAAACUACGCCAAAUUGUUGUUUAAUGGACUUAGUCGUUAGUGGAGAAUAGGAUCCAAAGACUUCACCAUCGGUGGUGAAUAGCCUCGGGCCGAGUUCGUGAUCCAUAGCCUUCAAAAUCGAAAUAAAAUGGCAUUUCGGAAAAAUCGUCCGAAAUCUCUGAUGGUACCCUUUUGGAAUCUGCCAGAAAUUGACCCGGAAUAAAUCCGCCCAAAUCGGUGCUUAAGGAUUUAAUGAUUAUUGAAGAAUAGUCUCAGGGUGAAUCUGUGAUCUAUAGCCUUCAAAAUACAAGUAAAAUGGCCCUUCGAAAAAAAAUCGUCAAAAAAUUACGAAAAUGCCAUCCAAAAACAAAUUGUCCUAAAUUGUUGCUUAAUGGACUUAAUCGUCGGUGGAGAAUAGGAUACGUAGACUUCACCAUCGGUGGAGAAUAACCUCGAACCAAAUCCGUGAUCUAUACCCUUCAAAUCGAAAGAAAAUGGCAUUUAGGGAAAUUGCCCGAAAUCUGUGAUGGUACUAGGGGUGGGCAAACGGUUCGGUAAACCCGAAACGAAACCGAAUUGAACAGAACCGAAACCGAAUUAAUGCUAUUCGGUUCGGAAUUCGGAAGGAAAAUAUGGAUUGUUUGGAAACCAGGGUUCUUUCAACUGAACCGAAUUUCUGAAUUUCGACCGAAAAACCGAAAUACUAUAAUUGCAAGCUCCAAAUGGUGGAUUUUUAUGUUUGUAGUUGUUUUUAGACUUAAAUAUUUGAAAUGUUUUAUGAAUUAUGUGUUGAAAAGUUUGAUUUUAUCAUUGAUGAUGCAUAUAAUUGAUAUUUAUUGUUUAUAUUAGGGGUGAAAAAUAAUUUAAAAGUGAGAAA